AACGGCGGGUCGAGCAAUCGAGUCGAACCUAUUCCACUCGCGACUCACGAUUCCGAACGAUCCCAGCUCGUUCUUCUUCCUUCACCCAAUUUUUCAAGUUUUCCCACCAAUCUGACCCUCAAAAACCUAACUUUCCAUCAAUUUCUCCACUUUCGAGCCUAUCAAUCAUCCCAAAUCCAAAUGCGUCUGACCCACAUCGAAGAAUUUUAGAUAGGUCAAUAUUUCUCUAUGCCAUUCGUUUUUUCUAACCCAGAUUCCUAUUUCCUGUUGCCUAACUCUCACUGUGGUAAACACCAACAUCCUCUUUACUAGUGUCAUUGUCGGACCAUGCAACGUUGCAAGAUUAAAGAUAUUGACUUCUGUUAGUGCUGAGAAUACAGCGAGUGAAUCAGACAAGGGUAACAUUCUUAGAUGGUUUAAAUUGACAGCCACAAUGCGUUCCUCUGGACUUGUUGACCCUGGAUGGGAACAUGGCAUGGCUCAAGAUGAGAGGAAGAAAAAGGUUAAAUGCAAUUACUGUGGAAAAAUAGUUAGUGGAGGAAUAUAUAGAUUGAAGCAACAUUUAGCCCGAGUUUCUGGAGAAGUUACUUAUUGUGAUAAGGCUCCAGAGGAUGUAUACAUGAAUAUGAAAGCAAAUAUGGAAGGAAGUCGUUCUAAUAAGAAACCUAGGCAUUCUGAAGAUAUUGGGCAAGCAUAUUUGAAUUUCCAAUCUAAUGAUGAUGAAGAAGAGGUGCAUGUUGGUUAUAGAAGCAAAGGAAAGCAAUUGAUGGGUGACAGGAAUUUAGCUAUGAAGUUGACUCCUCUUCGGUCAUUAGGAUAUGUUGACCCUGGGUGGGAACAUGGUGUUGCUCAGGAUGAGAAAAAGAAAAAGGUGAAAUGCAUUUAUUGCGAGAAAAUAGUUAGUGGUGGUAUCAAUCGGUUUAAACAACAUUUAGCUAGAAUUCCUGGAGAAGUAGCACCUUGUAAACAUGCUCCUGAGGAAGUUUUUCUUAAAAUAAAAGAGAAUAUGAAAUGGCAUCGUACUGGAAGGAGACAGAGACAACCCGAUUCAAAGGACAUGUCACCUUUUGAUCUGCAGUCAGACAAUGAAGAUCAAGACGAUGACCAAAUGGAAGCUGCUCUGCAUCAUAUAAACAAGGAAAGAUUGAUUGAUGGUGAUAGGAGAUUGGGCCAAAAUUUGAGAAAUACAUUCAAGGCGUUGCCUCCCAGUACUGGUUCUGAACCAUUAUUUAAAAGAUCAAGGCUAGAUUCCCUUUUCUUGACUGCUCCCAAGAGUUUGACACCACAUUCUUACAAACAAGUAAGGGUCAGAACAAUGUCAAAUAAAAUAUCCCGCAAGGAAGUUAUUUCUGGAAUUUGCAAAUUCUUUUACCAUGCAGGAGUUCCUCUACAAGCAACAAACUCCUUAUACUUCCAUAAGAUGCUGGAAUUGGUUGGCCAAUAUGGCCAGGGUCUGGUAGCACCUCCAAGCCAAUUAAUAUCUGGUCGGUUUCUGCAAGAGGAAAUUGCAACCAUUAAAACCUACCUGGCUGAUUAUAAGGCGUCCUGGGCAAUCACUGGGUGUUCUAUAAUGGCAGACAGUUGGAGAGACACAGAGGGUAGGAUAUUAAUAAAUUUCUUGGCUUCUGGCCCAAAUGGUGUAUACUUUGUUUCUUCAGUUGAUGCCACUGAAAUAGUUGAAGAUGCUUCGAAUUUGUUUAAGCUGCUGGACAAAGUGGUUGAAGAGAUGGGUGAGGAAAAUGUAGUUCAGGUAAUCACUCCAAUUACUCCUAGCUAUAAAGCUGCUGGAAAUAUGCUUGAAGAGAAAAGAAAGAAAUUAUUCUGGACCCCAUGUGCCACUAGUUGUAUUGAUCAAAUGCUUGAAGAUUUUUUGAAGAUAAGAUGUGUAGCGGAGUGCAUGGAGAAGGGGCAAAAAAUUACAAAGCUCAUUUACAACCAAAUUUGGUUGUUAAAUUUUCUGAAGAGUGAUUUUACACAGGGGAAGGAACUUUUGAGACCGUCUAUUACCCGGUUCGCCUCUAGCUUUGCUACCUUACAAAGUUUGCUGGACCACAGGACUGGUCUUAGAAGAAUGUUUCAAUCAAACAAAUGGAUUUCAUCUCAGUGCUCCAAAUCAUGUGAAGGAAAAGAGGUGGAAAGUAUUGUAUUAAAUGCUACGUUCUGGAAGAAGCUACACUUUGUUAGGAAUUCAGUGGACCCAUUUAUGCAAGUUCUUCAAAAGGUUGAGAGUGGUGACUGCUUGUCAAUGUCAUCUAUAUAUAAUGACAUGUAUAGGGCAAAGCUUGCAAUCAAAACCAUUCAUGGUGACAAUGUACGUAAAUAUGAACCAUUUUGGAGUGUUAUAGAAAGCCAUUGGAACUCGUUGUUCUACCACCCGGUAUAUGUAGCUGCUUACUACUUAAAUCCAUCAUACAGAUAUCGACCCGAUUUUACGGCGCAUACCGAGGGGAUGCGUGGACUUAAUGAGUGCAUCGUUCGGCUGGAGCCAGACAGUGCAAGAAGGAUUUCUGCAUCUAUGCAGAUUUCUGAUUACAACUCUGCUAAAGCUGAUUUUGGAACCGAAUUGGCAAUCAGUACAAGAACCGAGCUUGAUCCAGCUGCAUGGUGGCAACAACAUGGGAUAAGUUGCUUAGAGCUGCAGCGUAUUGCUGUGCGUAUUUUAAGUCAGACGUGCUCAUCUUUUGGUUGUGAGCAUAACUGGAGUAUAUAUGAUCAAUUGUACAGUUUAAGAAAUAAUCGUUUAGCUCAAAAAAGAUUGAAUGACCUCAUCUACGUUCACUACAAUCUGCGUCUUAGAGAACAACAAUUACGAAGAAGGGCUGAAAAUUCAAUCUCCCUCGACAAUGUUCUGUUAGAGCGUUUGCUAGAUGACUGGAUUGUAGACACCGCCGAAAAUGACAUGCUAGAAAAUGAGGAAGUCCUUUACAAUGAAAUCGAACAGGUUGAUGAAUACGAGAAUGAUAUGGUUGAUUAUGAAGGUGUAAAUGGAAAUGCAGAGACUAGGAACGGAUCAGUCGAGCUGGUAACUUUGGCUGAUGCAGAUAUCAAUCCUGUCAAUGCUGGUGUUGCCACUGAUGAUGAUGAUGAAGAUGAUGAGGAUGGCGAUAUAAACUUUUUCGAUGAUGACAUGAGUGAUUAGUCAGUUUGUAGAUCUUCAACUAACACAAGAAGUAAUGGUGGUGAGGCAGCUCUGCCAUAGUUGUGCAAUUAUAUCCCAGCCUCACUAGUUUUGGAAGUUACCACUUGACAUCAACGGGGCGCCCUUACAUGUAAUAUUCUUCGACCCUUCGUCAAAAUGUAACUUGGGCAGGUCAUAGAUGAAUCACUGUUACUUA